AUGCUGUGACUGCUUUAUCUUAUUUUUAAAGUGUUGCAUCACGUUUUUAAAGUAUGCAUAAAUGCUUUCAAACAUAUGUUUUGCCUGUCUUUGUAAUAUGAGCAAGUCUUUUUGGCUUGGCUUCUGCAAAACUAGUUUGACAACUUUAUAUCCACUCCCUCUUGCCUGCCAAACCACUCAGCGCCCCAAUCAGACACCUGAAUGCUGAGAUCAGAUCCACUAAACCUCAUUGCUGCUAGAACUGGGUCUUCAGGCGCAGUUCCCUCCUCCUACAAUGAGAAGAGUGUAUGAGUGCAGGUUAGCAGGUGUUUAGACUGUUGAGAGUGAAUUUUAAAGUAACACAGGUAUAAAGCUUCUCCCUCCUUGACUGGAUAAAAAUGGAUGAUCCUUUCAGCGUGUGAAUCUUGUGCCAGUGUUUUGCUGUACUGGAGGAUGGAGCUCUAGCAUAUAACCUGCAGGAGCAGGAAAUUGAGCAGUACUACAGCUCAAAUGUGCAGAGGAGUCAGCUGGUGCAAAGGGACAUUAGAGUAGCCAAAAGACUCCAGGAUGAGGAAGAGCAUAAAGCUCAGAUGCUGCAGCACCAGGCAACUCGCCAGCUGGAGGAACGGGACUCUGAAUAUGCAUGCAUGAUUCAGGAGGAGAUCCAGCGCCGUGCGGACGAAGCUCGGGGGAGGGAGGUGAAGGACGAGGAAAUAGCAAAAAGGAUACAGGAAGAGGAAGAGCUUUAUUUGAGACACAGGAGAAGUUACCAAAAUAAAGAUGGUAGAGAGUCCACAAGCAUUCCUGCUCGUCCAUACUUACCCCGGCCUGUUCAUGUACCUCACAACCAGUCUCCAACCAGAAAAUGGCAGCAAUCUUCCUCACCCACCUACUCGGACUCUGAGGAGGACCUGAUUGAGUACAGUAGGCCUACAGUCAAACCCACUGUGGGGCAGAGGAAGCUGGUCGGCAGACCUUCCAGAGCUCAUUUAGAGCAGGAUGACAAAAGCAUGACCAGCCAAAGCAGCAGUAACAGAUCUUCACACCUGUCAGGUGGAUGGGGUGAUGUCAUCAAGCUCAUAAAGAACGAUAUGAGUGAGCAAGGCUACCUCAGCAACAGCUCUGAGGAUGACCUCUUUGAACCAGUCUAUAAACUUGAGAAUAUAUUGCGACAGAAGCAGCAGGUCUCAGGAAUGGGGCUGAGUCGCCACAGCAGCAUGAGGGAGGAUCAUAGCAGAAUGUGGCAGGGAGACAGUUAUGGUCAUGGAACGAGUUUUAGGGAGAGACAUGUUCAUUUCCUGGAUGAACGGAGGCGCACUAACAGUUACCUUGGCAGUGGUUGUAGGAUCUAUGAAAAUGGUCAAAGGGACACUAGGGAAAGAGUUCAGUGUUCAGCAGAUGAUCACACACACCUCAGAGAAACUCAAGGUCUCCACACUCAAUCUCAGGAGUUUCAACGGAACAUUUCAAUGCGACGUAGUUACCAUGGUAAUGUCAGGCGGACAUCUGUGCAUGAGGGAAGCAGAACAUGCAGCAUAGAUUAUUCUAACUUGGCUAGACCAAGACUCUCAAAUAAUGCUCCCUCACUGCAGCCUAGAGUGCCACAGUUGAUGGAGUUGGAAGUGGAGGAUUGUUUGAAAGAUAGGAGAAAUUGGGAGAUGGUGAGAGGCAGAAAUACACGGCAGAGAGCUCAAUCAUUAACGGAGGAUGAAAGGAGGAUAGACCGAGACCACAGGCAUAGAGAGUGUAGAGGGAGGAGAAUUCAGAGUGAGCGCUGGCAGACCUUCGAGGAAGAGAGAUCAAGCACAGAGGAAGAGUUGGAGAGGGAGAGCACGAGAGAGGAGAGACUGAUGCAAAGACUCCAGUCUUGCAGUGGGCGCUCUUCCAGAGCAGGACCUGCUCUUAGGAGUGAAAUGGCUGCUCUUGACUUGGGAGAGCUGGAGCAAGUGCUACUGGAUGAGGAGCUAGCCCUCAGGCUUCAGGAAGAGGAGGAGAGAUCGGCCGAAGAGACCCAUCAAGGCCCCUCUCCUCUUAGAAGGGACUGUCCUAUUGGAGAUUUCAGAGUGGCACAGGUUGCUCAAGAUGAGGAAAUUGCACGUUUCAUGCAGAAACAGGAGAUUAAGGCUAAACGGAGGUCUCGUGAGCUGGAACCUGUUCGAGAAUACUGGGAGAAUGACAGGAGAACAACAUGUGACAGACAGAGGCACAGACUGGAUUCCGAAGGUCUUCAAUCCCCAUUUGAUGACUUCACCCCAGACAAUCAGCUCCCUGGUCACAUUUCCGUGACAAUACAACCGCAAGCCAUCAGAAAUAUUGCUGAAGAGCUGGACCCCACCUUUCAAAGGAAGGAUUCAGCUGAAUCAGAACAAAUUAAUGGUUCCUGUCAAAAUCAAACAUCACAACAAGUAGGUUUGAACAGCCCUGUGGAAGAACCUACUUUUGUGCCCCCCACGAAACAACAGAGUGACAAACUGGGACGUGUAAAGCACAAGAAGAAAAAGGAAAAUGCAAAACAGAAAGAGAACUGCAAGCAGCAGUGAUGCUGGACAUAUAAAAGUGUGAAAUCAACUGCAAUAAUGAAUUAAUAACCAAAUUGGAUUAAAGAAAUGCAUGCAUGUCCUGGCAGUUUGGGGCUUUCCAGUCUUCUGUUUUCUCCAAGACUUGGGAUACUUUUGUAUUCAUCAAAUCAACUUGAACUUGCAAAACAGGGGCACUCCAUCCAAAUAAUGCUAUUACUAGUAAACAUCUGUUUAAGCCAUGUCAUGCUCUAUUGGUUUGUUUCAUUUUUAUUUACCUUCUGGUUAGAGGCUGAUAUCUCACCACAGAGGGAAAGCUCCCAUUAGCAGUACUUGGCAUUACACAUUUGACUUCUGGGAAAACCUGAAAUGAUACUAUGCUUGAUAAAGGAAGUUGGCACAUGGUUGUUUUGGAGUUUUUCUGCAUGACUCUUGAUCUCUUAAGAUAUUUAAUCAAGCAUUCUUUUUUGAAUUGCUUGUACCUUUUUUCUCUGUAUUCCAGGAACUACAGUAGUCUUAAUUUUCCUAAAGUGUUAUUUUAAUUUCUAAUGGUUGCCUUCAGUAUGUAAGAAUGUCUCUUAUUUGUAUAAAGUUAUUAAAAAAAAAAAAAAAACUUUUUGCAAAACCAAGUCCUGCUUUCACAUUGUA